AUGGGGCUUCCAAGCUUAAGCUUGAGCAUGUCAUGGCUAGUACACAAUUUGCAUAUUCAUCUAAUACUCUUAUCUUGUUUAAGCAUGCUCAUCUCUGGCUUUACUACUACCAUACCCAGCUCCAGGCUAAUGGGGAACGAGACCGACCGGCUUUCAUUACUGGCAAUCAAGGCCAAAAUAAUUCAGGAUCCACUGUAUGUUUUGAGCUCCUGGAAUGACUCUAUCCACUUCUGUCAAUGGCAGGGCGUUACGUGUAGCAGCAGGCAUCAGAGGGUCACUGCCUUGGACUUACAUUCCCGGGAACUGGUGGGAUCGAUAUCACCACACCUCGGGAAUCUAAGCUUUUUGAGGGAAUUACUGAUUCAGAACAAUAGCUUUGGCGAUGAAAUUCCCCCAGAAAUUGGUCGUUUGCCAAGGCUGCAGAUUUUGCAGCUGAGCAACAAUUUAAUUGGUGGUCAAAUUCCUGUAAAUAUAUCUCGUUGUGCUAACCUCAUUUCCAUCGAUUUUUCUCACAAUGGGUUGGUAGGAGAAGUUCCUGUGGAGCUAGGAUCCUUGUCGAAGCUCGAAAUAGUAAUUACAGAGGCCAACAAUCUUACAGGGAGUAUCUCUCCUUUCGUGAAUUUGUCGUCUCUUCGAUACCUGGAUUUAGAUAACAACUACUUUGACGGCAGCAUUCCUGAUGGUUUUGAUCGAUUGAAGAAUCUUCAGAUACUCACACUCGGCAUAAACAGGUUGUCCGGUGUCAUCCCUGCGUCGCUCUUCAACCACUCUUCUCUCACAACUUUUGAUGUCACUAUCAACCAAAUUCAGGGAAGUCUACCCUGGGACAUGGGAAUCACUCUUCCCAAUCUUGAAUUCUUCAGCAUUGGUGAAAACCAAUUUACAGGAUCAAUUCCGGUUUCAAUAUCGAAUGCAUCAAAACUCUAUUGCCUAGAAAUGGUUCAAAACAAACUUACUGGAAAGGUUCCUAAUUUAUCGAGGCUGCAAAACCUCAAGUGGCUACUCCUUGCAAACAAUCAGCUUGGAUCCAGGGAAGCUGAUGACUUGAACUUUAUCUUUUCUUUGAUCAAUGCCACCAAUUUACACCAUUUGGAAGUGAACAUCAACAAUUUUGGCUGCAAGUUUCCAGAAUACAUCGGUAAUCUCUCGAGAAACCUUGAAUAUUUGAGUCUACACCACAAUCAUAUAUUCGGAAGCAUUCCACCUGGGAUUGUAAAUCUUGUUGGCUUGCAGAGUUUGACUAUGCAACUUAACCAAUUCACUGGUACUAUUCCAAGUGACAUUGGAAAGCUUCAAAAUCUACACAGAUUGAAUCUCUUCAGCAAUUCAUUGUCUGGUAACAUUCCAUCUUCCCUAGGAAAUCUGAGUUUGUUAAGUAAACUUGUUUUAGGACUAAAUAAUUUUCAGGGAAACAUUCCUCCGAGCCUAGGGAAUUGUAGUAAUUUGCAAAUGUUGUGUCUUUGUCAAAACAACCUUACUGGUGCCAUACCAAAACAAGUUGUUUCUAUCUCAUCCUUAUCUAUAUAUCUAGACCUAUCCCAAAACCAAUUGAGUGGUUCUCUUCCCACGGAAGUUGCAAAUUUGAUAAACCUUGGUUACUUGGAUGUCUCGUACAACUUGUUAUCCAGUGAAAUUCCGAGCACUCUAGGCAGCUGCACAAGCCUGGAAACGCUGCGUUUGGGGAACAACUUUUUCAACGGAACCAUUCCUUCUUCUUUGAGUUUCUUGAGAGGCCUUGUAGAGUUGGGCCUCGCGAACAAUAAGUUGUGUGGUGAAAUUCCUAUGUACUUGGAGAGCUUUAUCUUCUUGCAAAAUUUGAAUCUGUCUUUUAAUAAUUUUGAAGGUUUAGUAUCAACAAAAGGCGUAUUCAGUAAUGCAAGUGCACUAUCAAUGGUGGGAAACAGUAAGCUCUGUGGGGGUGUAGCUGAAUUGAAGCUACCUAAAUGCAACUUGAAAGUGGAUGAAAAGAGGAGAUCAAAUAGUGCCUUAGCUUUAGCACUCUCUAUAACCUUUGGUUUUGUAGGACUAGCUCUCAUGGGGUGUGUUCUAUAUCUUUGCUGGUUUAGGAAGAGAAGAAAAGAUACUCCUUCAUAUUCAUCAAAAAAUUUACUCUUGAGGGUGUCUUACCAAACUCUUGUUAAAGCCACUGAUGGCUUCUCAUCAUUCAAUUUAAUCGGUGUUGGUAGUUUUGGGUCUGUGUACAAAGGAGUUAUUGAUGGAAGAAUUGUCGCCGUGAAGGUACUUAAUCUUUUGCGACGUGGAGCUUCGAACAGUUUUGUAUCUGAAUGUGAGGCACUAAGAAACAUCAGACAUCGGAAUCUUGUCAAGGUGCUAACGGCAUGUUCGACGAUAGAUUAUCAGGGUCAUGACUUCAAGGCCCUGGUUUAUGAGUUCAUGGUCAAUGGGAGCCUUGAAGAGUGGUUACAUCCAAAUUGCAAUGAAGAUUUGUCAAAUGAAGAGUUUAAGAAGCUAAACCUUCUGCAAAGACUAAAUAUUAUCAUUGAUGUUGUUUGUGCCCUGAAUUAUCUUCACAACCAGGCCCAAUCCCCAAUAGUCCACUGUGAUCUUAAGCCAAGCAACAUUCUUCUGAACAAAGAUAUGACCGGGCAUGUUGGUGAUUUUGGAUUAGCAAAAUUCCUUGCUGACCAUGCCACCCAUGGCUUGUCUGCAAAUGCAACUUGCUCUAUUGGCAUAAAGGGAACAAUAGGUUACACUGCUCCAGAAUAUGGUAUGGGAUGUGAGGUCUCGGCAUAUGGUGAUAUCUACAGUUUUGGCAUCCUUGUGUUAGAAAUGUUUACUGGGAAGAGGCCCACAAAUGAAAUGUUUAAAGAUGGGUUAAGCCUCCAUAGCUUUGUGAAAGAGGCUUUGCCCUGCAGUGUAUCAGAGAUUUCAGACCCAACACUUUUUAAGAUCGAAGGGGAAGAAGAAGAAAGCUUCAUAAGAGGUGAAAAGACAGUGGAGUGCUUGAGUUUGAUACUUGAAAUUGGAGUCAAUUGUUCUUUAGAAUUGCCUAGAGAAAGAAUGGACAUUGAUGAUGUUGCAACUAAAUUGCAUUUCAUCAAAGACACUCUUCUAGGAUCUGAAAUACAUUGA